AUGAAACUUCUCCUCUGUUUGCUUGUUUCAAUUCUUGUAAUUGGAUAUCCAGUCGAUUCACCGAUCGUCGGAAUGAAUGACCGAAAAACUGAAGCACUGCGUAAUGGAAUUGAGCCAAUCCUCGAACUUCUACGCCAGUGUUGGGAUCAUCCGAAAUGUACUUAUCUCUAUCCAAUCACCCUUUUUUUCUUCGCUUUACUCUUUUCGUUUGCCAUCUACAAAUGUGCUCAAAAAAGAAAGCCAAUCAAUGGACAAGCAGCAGAAAACGAAGCUUUUUGUGAAGUCUGU